GUAAGAAAUAAUAAAUGUGAGAAAAAGAGUAGGUAGGGUUGCAAAGGCGGCUUGGGAGUUGGGACUAGUGAGUAAUUGAGUGAAAGUGAAUCCUUUCCGACAUUUUGACUAUAAAUUGCAUGAUUCAGAAUCCAACCGACACCCAUGUUUUUGCAGCCUGGCGAAGUGGUUUCACACGAUGGAGGUUCAAGUGGUGACUCCUCCCACGGAUUUAAACUUGGACAGCAACUGCUCCUCCCCCUUCAUCACCGCCCCCUCCAGCCCCCAACGCUUCGCCAACGGACCCUUCUUCUUCAGCGCCCCCACCAGCCCCACACGUCUCACCUCCUCUGUUCCCUUCCUCUGGGAACAAAACCCAUCACAACAAGAUUUCGAGUUCAACUUCACCGCCCACCCCGACCCCCCUUCUCUCUCCGCCGACCAACUCUUCCACGCCGGCAAAAUCCGCCCCCUCGACCCCCCGCCCUCCGCAGAGGCCGCCACGGAAACUGUCCUCAUAACAGAACAACAAGAGCGCACGCGAGGGAGGGAGAGGCUUUCGGCUUCUCUCCGCAAAGGAAGCAGGUCCUUGUCUCCCUUGAGAAUCUCCGACAUCGUCUGCGACUCCCAGGAUAAAGCUGUUUCUGUUUCUUCCUCCACAAGCAACACCAAAUCCUCCUUCUUGUCCUCGAUUCCCUUCACCAGAAAAUGGAGGUUCAGGGAUUUUCUCCUCUUCAGGAGCGCCUCCGAGGGGAGAGCCACCGACAAGGACCCGCUCAGGAAGUACGUCGCUCUCUCCAACAACGACGACGUUCCCAACAGCAGCUUCCGCUCCACCGAGAGCUCCGGUUCGGUCUCCAAACGCCGCGGACCGGUUUCGGCCCACGAGCUGCAUUACACGCUCAACCGGGCCGCUUCCGAGGAGUUGAAGAAAAAGACCCCCUUGCCUUACAAGCAGGGCUUGUUGGGCUGCUUGGGCUUUAACCCUGGUAUGCAUCAUCACAUUUCUAAGGGAAUUGGCUCAUUCACACGUUCCUAAUCCCCUUUCUUCUUUUUCUGCUUAAUUAGCUUUUCACACGCCCACAUGUUCACCUCGCUUUCUUAUUGCUGUCUCCUUCUCCACAAAAGACACUCCAAUUUGUAUCAAAAUAAUUGUAUCAUUCACAUCAUACAUGCCUAUACGUAUUACCUUAUGUUUCCUAGGUUCCACUUAA